AUGUCGUCCAAGGAUGCUGGCAAGACCACCAAGAAGGCGGAGGGCGCCAAGAAGGCUCCCCGCUCUGCCCCCAAGGCCAAGCCCGCCCCCGCUGGCAAGGAUGCCGCCGGUGAGGGCCACUCGAGGUCGUUCAAGGCCGGCCUUCAGUAUGCCAGCCGCGUCGGUGCUGGCGCCCCCGUCUACCUCGCCGCCGUGCUCGAGUACCUCGUGGCCGAGAUUCUCGAAUUGGCCGGCAAUGCCUCGCGCGACAACAAGAGGGUGAGGAUCGUGCCCCGCCACAUCCAGCUCGCCGUCAGGAACGACGAGGAGUUGAACAAGCUCCUCCAGGACGUCACGAUCUCGAGCGGUGGUGUCAUCCCCAACAUCCACUCCGUUCUCAUCCCCAAGUCGAAGGGCAAGGGUGGCAAGGCCGGCGAGUCUCUCUCGCAGGAGUACUAG